CCGACUGCUUUCUCCUUCGGCCCGCCCCUUGUCCUUGCCGCCCCACCACCGCCAGCGCCGCCCGCACGCGCACGCACCGAUACCCCUUUCUCCCACACCCGCUUCUGCGAGAGCCCAGCGGCGUGCCAUGACGAGCUCCUCCUCCUCCGCAUCCCGAAAGGCGCUGAGCAAGAUCGCGUGCAGCCGGCUGCAGAAGGAGCUCACGGAGUGGCAGGUCAACCCCGCAGCCGGGUUCAAGCACAGGGUCACCGACAACCUACAGAGGUGGGUCAUCGACGUGGCCGGGGCGGCAGGCACGCUCUAUGCGGGCGAGACGUACCAACUUCAGGUGGACUUCCCCGAGCAUUAUCCCAUGGAAGCACCUCAGGUUAUAUUUCUGCAUCCGGCACCGAUGCAUCCACACAUUUACAGCAAUGGGCACAUAUGUUUAGAUAUAUUGUAUGACUCAUGGUCCCCAGCGAUGACUGUCAGUUCUGUCUGUAUCAGCAUCUUGUCUAUGUUGUCAAGCUCACCGGCAAAGGAACGCCCAGAAGAUAAUGAUCGCUAUGUCAGGAACUGCCGGAACGGGAGGUCACCGAAGGAGACCAGGUGGUGGUUCCACGAUGACAAAGUGUGAUUGGCUUUCAAUUGGCUUUUCCUGGCAGCAUCCAGACUACCUUAGUAUGGCGCCUUACAUGGGAAAUACGAUUUAGGCUUAUUGCGAGCGACCCAUUUGAUCGGAAAUUAACAUGCCCUUGUGGUUUGUAAACUGUACUUGUUAACGAUUACACCUUUGAUGAUACAUAGAAUAAUGCCUGUAUCUUGUCGAUUUACUGAACAGACAUGAAAUGAAAUGAAAUGCUUGUUAAACUUUGCUUUA